GGUUACAAAAGAGUAAAAUCGGUGGCCGCGAAGAGUGCAGAACAGAGAGGUAAAACAGCAACAAAACCAAAAAGACCAAGCACUAGUCUGCGUCUUCGAUUCGAGAAAAGACGAGCGAAUCGUUUAAUGCCAGACCAGGAAGGCACAGAUCGAAAGAAAAGAAAGGAGUUCCUCUUCAAAUGGUCCUUGAAAUCAAAAAUGCAUGCCCGUCGUGCACGUUACAAAACUCGGAAAACGAAACAAAAAAUUGUACCUUCGGCGUCGGAUGAUACGACCGCCACCACCACUACCACAACAACAACAACUUCUGUUGAAUGUUGUCCCACACAGGCUGAUGAUAACAAAGAAAAGCAAUGA